CACCCAAUCAGUGACUCACCAACAGAGCAUUGUUCCCUCGUAUUCAAUCAUACAACCCUUUUCUCUUGCGCCCUUACCCAAGGUACCUGACUUUGACCUGUGUUCGCUGCCAUCAUGGACCUCGACCAAGGAUUCACAUACAUGCGACCAUCAAACACUAUGCUGACCUCCGUGUUACGGCCAGCUAGUCGUAGUGAGAACAACAACAACAUCUCACCGAGCGCAAUUUGGUUGAUGGAUCAGCAGCCUCCGAUACAACCUUCCUUGGUACAGCCUCAAGUCGCGUCACUUUCAGCACCGUUUCCCACAUUUGUCGAACGCCCUUACAGGCUUCGACCCGAGAGCGCUAGUGACUGGGAGACCCAAAGGGCGACUUUGCACAAGCUAUACAUGGAAUACAACUGGAGAAAGUACAAAACUAAAGGAGUUCAACAACGUAGCCUUGAUGGCAAACCUGUCGAGACUCUUAAUCACUCCCGUACAAUGGUCACUCAGGGAGCAUCUGCUACUCUGAUGCUAUAUGGGAGUGAGAGCGAGCGGUGGAUUGAGGAGCUCUACGCUAGUCUCCGCGACCUGAUGUGCGGAAGGCAACGCCGCAACAUCCACCAUGCCGGCGCGGUCCUCCGUCAAGCAUUUCGCGAUCUCGACUCAGUUAUUGAAGAAGAGCCAUGCACGAGCUUUCAGGACCUUAUGCUUCAUAUACCGAACCAUCUGUGUCUCCGGGGCCGAUACAAGGAAACCGAUGCUUGUCUCUACUAUAUCUCCAAGCUUCUGAACAUCAAGAAACAGGGCCAGCCAAUUGCCCGAAUAGCCAACAUGAUGCGUAAAAUUGGUGCCAGAUACCGAGACAAGCUAAGGAACUGCGUGGUACAGAUGUUUGACAUCGCGGCGCAUCUUUUCAGAACCUUACGAAAGACAGUAGACUUGACCAGUCUUAUGGCGCGAAGAUGGGCAUGGUUCGAGAAAGAACAGAAUGAUGAGCUUGAGACUGCUGAAUUUUUCGAUACUCACAUCGCCCUAUUGGAGAUUUCGAGGGAAUCACUGGGAGAAACUGACAUGUCCAUAAUUUACCAGGAGUAUGCCCAUACAUUCGAGUUGUUAAACCGUUCGACUUCAAACGACCAAGGACUGCUACAGCGCAAUGAGCGGCUGCUUGCGAAACUCAGAGUACCACACCCGUCAUCUGACGAGUUGUACGACAUUUGGACGAAAGCAGCUCGUAUUGCGAUACUUCAGCAUUUAGCCAACGGUCAUUUGGUACAGAGCACAGAAUCUAGGAUCAAUCACCUGGAAGAGGUGAUUAGAUUGAAAGAGUAUCUUGCAUAUGAGAGGGCAGAACUCGAUACGAAUUUUGCAGUUGAAGCAAUAAUUCUUCGGAGGAGGCUAGCAGGCAUACUGGCACAUCAGGGUCAGACCGAGAGGGCUGCGGAAAUCCUGUCGGUUGGAGAGACCUCAAACUAUCUGGUAACAACGUUGAGGAGUGAUCUCGAAUGCAAUGCAGAAACGAUCGAGUCUUGGAACUCACUCAGUAAGCUGAAAGAGGAGAGUUUCAAAGGUCUCGAGUAAACAGUAAACUAGAGCAGGUCAUUGGUAAAGGACGACUGAGACAUUUAUUCUUAUCAUUAUUUGUUUGAUGGCAUGAAGAAGUCAGUUUUAACAAAGUAGCGGAGGACACGAUAAUACUAAAUCAAAUUAACUUAUUUCG